UGUAGAUGGGUCUUUUUUACGCAUAGGGGUGUGAUGGGCGUGUCAGGGCGGCGCGCGCGCUGACGACAGAAGCGUUCAACUCGCGCGCACCGCCGCCUGCGUGCGCGCUCAGAUUAACGCGCAGAAAACUGAUUUAUUGUGUCGCGUUGAAAAAAUAAUCGGUCGAAUGUUGUGAUGGAGGGACAGGAGUGGCGCGUUGAGUGGCAGCAGAGGCAGAUCGACGGUAUAAUCCCAAAUGGGCAGUGCCCCCGCGGGGCGUUCAACUUGCCGCCGCUAGACCGAGCAAGGGAACUCGAGCCGACUUUGCCACCACUACACAAUUCUAUAAGGGAGAACUCAGUAUGUCCGCGGAGCACCUAUUCGCCGCUGCAGGCGUUAAGCGAGAGCACCUGCCGGGACCACGGGGCUCCGGUGCCGCCCCCGCCACAGCCACCACCACGCCUAUUCGUGGGCCCCGGCGGCGCAAGCGCAGCGCUCCACCCGGCAGUAGCGCGUUGUUCGGCGUCACUUGAGCUGUCUGCUCUCUGGCGCAGCUUCCAUGAGCUCGGCACCGAGAUGAUAGUCACCAAGGCUGGCCGUCGCAUGUUCCCUGCAUUGCAGGCGAGGCUUUCCGGGCUCCUGCCUAACGCGGACUACCUCCUGCUUGUGGACUUCGUACCGCUCGAUGAUAAGAGAUACCGAUAUGCGUUUCAUAGCUCAAGCUGGGUAGUGGCGGGUAAAGCGGACCCGGUGUCGCCGCCGCGUAUACACGUGCACCCGGACUCGCCCGCGCCCGGCGCGCACUGGAUGCGACAACUCGUGUCCUUUGACAAGCUGAAGCUCACUAACAACCAGCUGGACGACAACGGCCAUAUAAUCCUAAACUCAAUGCACCGGUACCAGCCGCGCCUCCACGUGGUGUACCUGCCGGGCGAGGGGCAGGGCACGCCGGGUACCGUCCCGUACCGGACAUUUGUGUUCCCUGAGACGGGAUUUACCGCCGUCACAGCCUACCAGAACCAUCGGAUAACACAACUGAAAAUUGCCAGCAACCCGUUCGCCAAAGGAUUCCGGGACUGCGACCCCGAUGACUGUCCUCCUGAGCAAAGCCAACCCCGCGGCACCCCGCGUCGGCGAGAGGCAGCCCCUGAGCCCUGCCCGCAGUUAGGGCAGCCGUACGCCGCCGAACCCAGCGCCUGCGGCCCGCUCUACGCCCACGCGCACCCCAUGCGGUAUCAGCCCCACACGGCACACAACGGCGCUUACAGCGCGUACUACGCGCAUAGGUAAUUGCGUUGCG